UGUUCAUAUUUUAGUCAGUGGAGUUGUUGUCGGCUCUCGGAUAGGUCUAGUCGCCAUCCGUUCCUGCCUUCCCCAUUCUGACGUAUCUCUCGCAAUUUCCAACACGCUCAUCUGGAGGACAUCUCGAAAGUUUCAUCUUGGACUAUUUCGCGUCUUUCAGGACUUUUUGGAAAAAAUUCAGAGGAUCAACUUUUGGACUUUGGAGUGAAUUUAAUUUUUUUUUUUUUUUGUGUCCGCCAACUUUUGAAGAACAUGCGAUAAUGCUUCAUCAAUGUUUACUCUUGGUUUUGAUGUGUUGAAGUGUUAAGUGAAGACCAAAACUUGUGAUUUGUUCCAACAUGAACAAAAUUAUAUACUGAGCGGUCAAGUUGUUUUCAUCUUUUUAAGAGCUACCAGAGGAAAAUUGAAGUGAAAUACACGAUUUUAUAUUUGGAGCUGAUGAAGUAGAGAUUGUUGUGGGAAAUUAUUAAGGCGGAAAUGUGGAAAACUCUUCUAGGGAUAUAGGAAAAAGUGAGGGUGAAGUGCCAUGGCCUGGCAUGGGAAGGUCAGGCCCGGCCUGCUUCUUCUUCUGAUUUCCUUUGUAGUUAUAUCGGAAGCUAUGACGAAAGUGAAAAAUACAUUUCCAGAAGUGCAUGGAUCCUAUCGAUAUGAAACAGCUUACGCUUGUGAAGGAAAAAUUUUGAAGAUAGAAUGUAAGGACGGAGAAUUGAUAAAAUUGAUAAGGGCCAACUAUGGAAGGUUUUCGAUAGCCAUUUGUAACGAUCAUGGACACACAGACUGGAGUGUUAACUGUAUGUCGCCCAAAUCCUUGAGGGUACUUCAUGGAAGGUGUACGCAAAACCAAAACUGUAGCAUACCUGCCUCCACUAGUAUGUUUGGAGACCCUUGUCCUGGAACACAUAAGUAUCUGGAGGCCCAUUAUCAAUGUCUGCCUGCUACUACAACCACAACAACAAACAGGCCUAGUCCUCCUUGGCUGAUAACAUCGCAGCCUCCUAUGUGGAGCACAAUUAAACCAACAUCAAGGCCGGCCAUAAUACCGAUCAUUCCGAAAUCAUCGAAAAUACCUCCAUUGAGAACGACUACCACUUCCAGUACGGUCACGAAGACAACAGUAGCUGUUCCUAAACCAUUGCCGCCUCAACUUCUUCCAGACGAUGAUAUCUUCAGCAAAAUCGACAUCGUCAAUUCAUUGCCAGAAGAAAUAACAACCAUCUCUUACACCACAUACAUCCCGAAAAGAUUUAGUCCUGACUCAACGGUACCGUAUAUUCCUUCACCUAGCGUACCAUUCUGGAACGAUAAGUCUGAGUACUUAGAUUAUUGCAAACCAAUAACCAUGCGCACCAUAUUUUGGAAUUGGACCAGAAUAAGCGAUCUGAACGUCCAACCAUGUCCAGGAGGAACAACCGGCUAUGCCAAAUGGCGCUGUAUCAAAACAGAAACUGGAGCAACUUGGUACCCUGACACUCCAGAUCUGAGCGCAUGUAAGUCCGUAUGGUUGACCAGUUUGGAACAGAGGAUUCAAAAUGCAAACGGCAAAGACCCUCUUCUUGCCAUAACUAACGAUUUAGCACAAGUUACCAGUAGUAAGACUUUGUACGGUGGGGAUAUGAUGAUAACAACGAAGAUUAUCAAAACUUUGACGCGCAAGAUGUCUCAGGAUAUUCAGACAUUCGCUGAUCAUACACAACGUGAAACUUUCGUCACUGAAAUGUUGAAUCAUGUUGUUAAAACUAGCAGCAAUCUUUUGGACGCCUCCCAGCAUCCAUCAUGGACUGAUCUCAGCUACGAAGAGCAAAUGCGCGUAGCUACAUCUUUGCUAAUAGGCUUGGAAGAGAAUGCGUUCCUCUUAGCUGAUACUGUUGUUGCGCAUAAAACUUUCGAUCAAGUUGUAAAAAAUAUAAGAUUGUCGGUUAGGGUAUUGGAGAUAAAACAAAUAACUUCAGAAAGGUAUCCUGCAGAAUACGAAUGGAGUUCACAUGAUGAUACUAUUAUACUCCCUCAAGGCGCUCUCUUAGACAAUAGUGAGGGCGAAUUAGUUAGACUUGUAUUUGUUUCCUUCACUCGUUUAGAAGAGAUUCUACAUUGGCGUCCGGAUAGUCUGGACAACAAGAACAUCAGCAGAGUUUUAAACAGCAAGGUUGUUUGUGCUAGUUUGGGAAAAGGCAGACACAUCCAAUUGAAAGAACCUGUUUCCUUGACGCUUAAGCAUCUUCAAACAGAGAAUGUAACCAAUCCAUCAUGUGUUUUCUGGGAUUAUUCCAUGAACAUUUGGUCCAAUGAAGGAUGUAAAGUGGAAUUCUCAAAUACAACCCACACAGUGUGUCAGUGUAAUCAUCUCACAAACUUUGCUGUUCUUAUGGAUGUUCAAGCUAUACUGUUACCCAUCCCACAUCAAAUAGCAUUACAGAUUAUAACGUAUGUUGGGUGUAUUAUAUCCAUUAUCUGUUUAGUGUUAGCUGUUAUAACUUUCCAAAUCUUCAGAGGAUUGAAGAGUGAUCGGACUACAAUCCAUUGUAACUUAUGUUUCUGCCUAUUGAUAGCGGAAGUAUUGUUUUUACUUGGAAUAGAACAGACUGAAAAUAAAUUAGCCUGUAGUAUUAUAGCUGGUGCAUUACAAUUCUUCUUCUUGAGCGCAUUCGCAUGGAUGUUCUUUGAAGGAUUCCAAUUAUAUGUAAUGUUGGUAGAAGUAUUUGAAGCUGAGAAAUCAAGACUUAGAUGGUAUUAUCUAUUCGCCUAUGGAAUACCUUUUAUAAUAGUAUUGACUUCUGCAUUGAUCUAUCCGCAAGGAUAUGGAACUGAUAAUUUCUGCUGGUUAAAAACCGAGAAUUACUUUAUAUAUAGUUUCGUAGGACCUGUAAUUGUUGUUCUUUGUUUGAAUGUUAUUUUCCUGACAUUAGCAAUAGUGAAGAUGUGUAUCCAUGCAAACAACUCGGUUUCCAUAAAAAAUAAGGAACAUUCUAGACUUGCCAGUACAAGUGGAAAGGAAGAAAAUGCACUGUCAACCAAAUUUCAAGCUAACUUGGUAUGGCUCAAAGGUGCCAUCAUACUAGUAUUUCUACUAGGCUUAACAUGGACUUUUGGAUUUUUGUACGUCAAUAAGGAAUCUGUCGCCGUCGCUUACGUCUUUGCAACUUUGAAUUCGUUGCAAGGAUUCUUCAUUUUCCUAUUUCACUGCGUUCAAAAUGAGAAGGUCCGCAAAGAGUAUAGAAAAUUUAUAAGAAGACAUUCGUGGCUGCCAAAAUGUUUGCGUUGCUCAAAAUCGGGUGCUGGUGCAAGUAGUAGUAGUGGUAGUUCUGGUUUGGCAAAGGAGAGGAGGACAAGUCUAUAUGCUGGAUCGAAUGGAAAUCCAUCUGGUUCCCACAGCCACUCAACGGACUCUCCUCAUGGAGCUAGUUUACAACGGGGUUGGAAUUCGCGCAGCUGCAGCAACGUCAAUCGUGUAGCAAAAACCCCUGUGCCCACUUCUACUUCGGGCACCAUGGCUGCUACACUGUGUCGUCCCCCACCCUCGAUCCCAUCCCCUCCUUUGGAAGCUCCAAACACCUCCACACUCCCUUACAUUCGAAAUUUCUAUAACAAUUCCUCGCCUGUAAUAAGCAACUUGACUAAAUCGGCUUCUACCUGGGGGCCACUCCACAAACCUUUACACUGGAAGAACAUUUCUUUUAAAUCGUACAGCCGGGAUUCGGGACAUGGUGGAUCAGAACAAGAAGAUUCUCCAAGGUCUCAAGGUGUACUAAAUGAUACUCGACUUAACAAUGCCAAAGAUGUCCAUCGUCAAGCAUUCUUAUCCGCCGAAGGUCAACAAAUGAGCAGCAAUAUGAGCACAACAUCCAGCUAUGCAGACUACGCUCAUCGACUUGAAACUUUGCAGCAUCCCAAACACAUUUCUCUGGCACAGACUUUGCAGGUCCACGGACAAAGAAGAAAGAACGGCAAUUUCUGCAAGCCGAUCAAUUGGAAUCACCACACUUACACAGAAAUUUACGAUGGUCGAAUGCCUAGAUGUUUGGCACCAGAAGAUGAUCCGGUCUAUGAAGAGAUAGAAAGGAAUGAAAUCCAAGUAUCUGAUAUGAGUGACGAAGAUGGUAAACGUCAAAGUGAUAUGAGUAGACAAUCGUCAAGAUCAUAUGGUGAUCAUCGACCUCUUAUACCAUGUAGUCCUGGAAUUGACAGAAAUAUCAUUGAGGCCACUCCGAAACAUAAAGAGCUCAAUCGCUACACUCCUGAAAUGGAGUCAUACCGGAUGAGACCACCAAAUUAUUACCGAGGAGAUACCGCUAGAUCUUUGGCUGCUGUGCUUGAUGGAGAAACUGUAGUGUGCCAUUUAGAACCACCUGACAUGUACCCUAGGACUGUGGGCUUACCCCCUUAUAGUGAGAGUUAAAAACUGCCAUUUGCAAGUAAAUAUCUGUGAUUAACGCAUGAUCAAACUAUUUAUCGGUCAUAGUAUAGUGAGCCCAGCUUGGAAGGAUUGAAUAAAGUGAUAAUUUUAUAAUGAACUAUUUUAUUAAAGGUAUUUAAUGUGAAUACGAAUGUCUCUUAGAUGUGGGUUAUUCGAGUCAAAUGUAUAUCUCAACUUGUUUUGAAUUUGUUUAUUUAAUUUCUCGAUGUUUUAUUGCCAAUAGCGGAAAAAUCCUAAAUUGUACAAAGUUUGUUUGCUCAUAAUUAAUUAGUGUAUAUAAACAUAAUUAUGCUUACCAAAUAUGGCAAACUGAUUACUUAGUAUGUUAGAAAUACACCUGCUCCAGACGAAUCAGAUAGAUUCAACUGCUACGUCCCAUAAAAUAUGUCCAAAUGUUCUGUUAACUAAUUGUGCAAUUCCCGUUUAUGUAAAGAAAUGUAUUCAUUGGUCCCCUACAGAAUAGUAACAUAUGUACGCUUCAGAAAUGGUAAACUUAGACAGCACCAACCAUGUAAAUAAAGAAAGAACAAUUUCCAAAUGUGUACAUGUUAACAUCUAUCUUAUUCCUCCUAAGAAGAAAUAUCACGUGUUGAAUAAUAGUUUCAUCAAGAGGAUAAUGUAACACCUCAGUAUCUGUAAUUUUAUGUACAUUUAUAACUACAUCUUGGAAAAAAUCAAUAAAAAAAAAUGUGAAAUGUUUCCCCAUCUGUUAAAAAUGUAGAAUAUUUGUUCAUUGGUGCCCUGUAUGUUGUUACAUAUAUUUCCUAAACUUAUUUAACGUUUCCCGUUGGAUUCCCUCUGUGAUCUUUCCUGAGAAAGUAAAUAAAUCAAUGUGAACUAUUACAAUAUUCGAUUCAUUUCAAUGUGUUGUUGUUUAUGUAAUAUGAAUUGCAAAAUUAUCUGAUGUCUGAACAUUGCACAUUGAACAAUAAAGACUCGAUUUUUGUUCAGUGUAAGUUUUCAAGUUUGUGAUGUAGAGUAUGACAAGGCAGGUAUGAUGAUUGUACAGAUUGGUUUUAUUCGGAAUAAAAUGAUAUAAAUUGACUAGCUGUGAAGCAUUGUGUAUAUAGGACUUGAAAUUGAUCAGUAUGAAGUGAAACUUGACUCACUCACUUGGUUUAUACAGUGUACUAAUGAUUAAAGUAAAUACUUCUAAUUGUUAUCUGAAAACAGUGAAUGGCAUAGAUCAUUUUGUAAUGAUAUUACUUACAUAUAUGUAAUUUGUAAUUAUAUUUAUUUUUGAAAUAAAAAUAUUACUGUCACUCUCAAA